AUGAGGGGGCGUGUCCGUCCUAAUGGGCAGGAUUACCUCGCUGAUAUCAGAAGAUGCCGUCGUCUAAUUAUGAUCGCAUGCGGCACUUCUUAUCAUUCCGCCAUCGCUUGUCGUCAAAUCUUAGAAGAGCUCUCGGAGCUACCCGUCGUCUUGGAGUUGGCGUCAGAUUUCCUAGAUCGCAAAACUCCAAUCUUCCGUGAUGAUGUUUGCAUUUUCAUUUCCCAGAGCGGUGAAACAGCUGAUACUCUGAAUGCUUUGAGGUACUGCAAACCUCGAGGAGCGCUCUUAAUAGGAAUCACAAACGCUGUUGGAUCCUCCAUUUGUCGUGAAACCCACUGUGGUGUUCAUAUCAACGCAGGUCCAGAGAUUGGAGUUGCUUCUACCAAGGCAUAUACUUCACAAAUCUUAUCUCUCCUAAUGUUUGCUUUGGUCUUGUCGGACGAUCGAAUUUCGAUGAUGAACAGAAGGAGGGAGAUUAUUCAGGAUCUCAAUAGGCUGCCUGGCAAAGCUCAUUCGUAUGUUGCUGCAGUAAACGUGAAACCUAUUAUAGAACUGAUUCGCGAAGUCCUGCAAUUAGACGAACAAGUUUUGGCUAUUGCUGAAGAGAUAUAUAAAGAGAAAUCACUGCUCAUUAUGGGAAGAGGCUUUAACUUUGCCACUUGUCUGGAA